AUGGGACAACAAGGGAAGAUGGGAGGCAAUGAGGAGCAUGUCCAUGGUUCAGCAGAGGACACCCAGUCCCGGCAGGUGCGCACGCUGAGGCUCAUCCUUGUUGGGAGAACAGGGGCCGGAAAGAGCGCCACUGGGAACAGCAUCCUGGGCAAGAGACGGUUCCUCUCCCGGCUGGGGGCCACAUCUGUGACCGGGGCCUGCACCACGGCCAGCCGCAGGUGCGACAAGUGGCAUGUGGAAGUAGUGGACACUCUGGACAUUUUCAGCUCCGAAGUGCCUAAGACAGACCCCGGCUGUGAGGAGAGAGGUCGCUGCUACCUGCUCUCGGCCCCCGGGCCCCACGCGCUGCUCCUGGUGACCCAGCUGGACGGUUAUCGUCUUCACCAGGAAGGAGGACCUGACGGGGGGCUCCCUGCAGGAUUACGUGUGCAGCACAGAGAACCAGGCCCUCCGCAAGCUGGUGGCCGAGUGCGGGGGCCGGGUCUGUGCCUUUGA